AUGGCUUCUAAAAUCAUUAGUUUAUGCCGAAACUUCUUAUGGGGAUCCAAAAAAUCAUUGGUUGCUUGGAAUCAAAUUUGCUUACCAAAGCACGAAGAAGGCCUUGGUUUUAGAAAUAUUAAAAGUUGGAAUGUAGCACUACUCUCCAAAACACUUUGGAACAUCCAUAGCAGGAAGGAUACUCUUUGGAUUAAAUGGAUAAAUCAGAGACUGCAUUAUUGGGCUGGAAUGUGCCGUGCAGGCUGCUGUGAACAGAUAACUAUGCUGGAUGGAAGCUGGCAGAUUCAACAUUAUGGCUGCCUACAAGAGUUCAGGCCAGAUUACAAACGAUGGAUAGAUUGCAACACCAAUAGCUCAACUAAAACUGCACUUUUUGUGGACGAACGGAGGAAGCAGUACAACACUUGUUCUUUUCAUGUCCAAUUAGCAAGGCAGUUUGGGAUCAAAUCGUGGGUGGUUGGCUAUUAG